AUGACGGUUAGUUUGCGAAAUAUUGUAUUUGACGCUGCGAAAGUAAACAUUGGAUGCAGCAAGACAUUUAGCUUGGUCAAAGAGAUGACAGGUGGCUAUAGUAAUGUUGGUGCAACAUUACGUGAUUUCAGGAAUUUUGAUAGGGAUUUAAAAGAAUUUGAGACAUCUAAAUCGUUUUAUUUUGCUUAUGAACUUGAUGGUGAUGGGCAUUUGACUAUGCUUUUCUGGGCUGAUCCAACUAGUAGGAGAAACUUUGAAAUAUACGGUGAUGCCGUGUCAUUUGAUGCCACGUUUGAUACUAACAAGUAUAAUAUGAUUUUUGCUCUUUUCACUGGUGUUGACAAACAUGAUAGAUGUGUCACCUUUGCUGCUUGUUUGUUAUCGAAAGAAGAUGUUACUCAUUAUAACUGGGCUUUUAAACAAUUUGUCAAGGCAAUGGGACGCAAUCCAGUUAUCUUUAUAACUGACCAGUGCCCUGCAAUGAAGAUAUCUGUGCCGGCUUCAUUUUCUGGUGAGAAUGGAUUGGUUCCUAGCAAGCAUCGCCUUUGUAUGUGGCAUAUCAUGCAGAAAUUUCCUAUUAAGCUUGGCAAUCGUUUGUGUAAGGAAACGGACUUUAUGGAGAAAAUGAAAACUUACAUAUGGUCGUCAAAUUUGGAAAUUGAUGAGUUUGAAAGUGGAUGGGAAGCAGUUAUAGAAGAGUUUAAAUUGGAAGAUAACAAAUGGUUAUCAGAUAUGUAUGAGAUAAGGAAGUCGUGGAUUCCUUCCUAUUUUAGGGACAGUCCUAUGUUUGGUUUGAUGAGGACAACUUCAAGGUCCGAAAGUGAAAUUUUUUUCUUUUCACAGUUUCACAAGCAAGGUGAUACCUUAUGUGAGUUUUGGAUACGUUUUGAGAGUGCAAUGCAUAGGCAGCGGAAUGAAACAGAACGGUUAGACCACGAGUCUAACUCAAGCAAGCCAAAUAUGUUAUCAAGAUGGUUCAUUGAAGAUGAUGCAGCAGAUCUAUUUACACGUUCAAUUUUUUACAAAGUUCAAGAAGAGAUUUUGGCAUCUUGCUUGGAUAUGCAGAUUAAGAAAAUGAGUGAAGAAGUUGAUGGAGUAACUCAAUUUGAAAUAAAGGAUGUCAAAGUUAAAGAUAAACUUUUUAAGGUAUCUGUUAGCAGAUCACAUGCGUUAUGUUCAUGCAAACAAUUUGUUAUGUGUGGAAUUGUUUGUAGGCAUGCUUUUUGCGGCUUGAAGCAAAUUGGUGUCACAAAAUUUCCAAGAAGUCUUGUGCUUAAUCGUUGGAUGAAAGUUGCAGAAUGUGGCACUUCAUUGGAAUCGAAUGUUGUGUAUUCGGAUUAUUUUAAAAUGGAGCAGGUGUCGUUGAAGUUGACAAACUUAUGGUUUGAUUUUCGUCAGAUUCUUAACAAAGCUGGAAUUGAAAUCGAUAAGCUUGACUAUGUUCACAAAAUCAUUAAGCAGAUAGGUAGUGAUUUUGAAAAGUAUGAUGGAGAUGCUGUUGAUUUUACUAAGAAGUACCAUAUGGCAGCUAUGGUAGGUGAACAGCCGGUUGGAGAGGUUACCAUUCUUGCACCAACUGUUUCCAGGAACAAGGGAAAUUAUUUCAAGCGGCUUGUCAGUGAUAGAGAGAAAGCAAUGACAAAAGCAAAUAAAAGAGUUCGAAGAUGUAAAGAAUGCUCGGCAACCACUCAUGAUUCAAGAACUUGUCCAAAGAAAAAGAAGGAUGGAGGGGCUGUAGUUUAG